AUGAUUCCGGACCAGGACGGUCUCAGCGUCCUACGGGGUGGCUUGACGACUUUAUUCAAAGUCGCUUACUUUUUUACGGCUGGAGACGCGCAAAACAUACUUGAAGCAUUUGAAGUCAUUCCCACUACGCUCAUCGACGCUAUACAAAGUAGCCAACGGUUUCCUGAUGCUUUCGACCUUCGUGACGCCGUUGCACAGCUGUGUUACACUGUGACCGAGAACCUCGGCAAGUUGAUCCAGGCCUUGCUUCGCAGCCACCCUGAUAAGCACAGAGGCAAGCUCACAUUUCCCAGUGCGCCCCGGCUUACUGUGUCUAACAACGGGCUGAGCAUGACUCUAAAGGGUCUGCUAAAGUUGCUCGACGUGCCGGAGUGCGCCGCCGCCGACACGCUGGCCUCCAUAUCACGGUGUUUUAAGCUCAACGCGGGCAGCAAGAGCAAACACCUCAUGAGAAUGGAGCGCUUCCAGGACUGGCUUGCGGCACUGCCGCGAGACUCGGACCUGGUCUUAAUCGAUGGUCACUACCGUACCGCAGCCGCAGCCGCUAACAAGGUGUCUCUUAUGUCGGCAAUCUGCGCUUCUCUCUUCGAGGAACUGCAACGAUCAUCUAGCGGCGGGAACGGCUAG